AUGGUCAAAACAACCUUUUACGUUACAUUAAUUUCCUUUAUAAUCCAAAUACAAAAUAUUUUGGCCGCUCCAGCCGCUCCUCCAGCCGUUGAUAUAACUGUUAUAAAUAAUUGUGUUACUCCAAGUACAGUCGCAUUAACAUUUGAUGACGGUCCAUACAUUUAUACCACCGAAUUGCUUGCUACAUUGAAAACUGAGGGUGUCAAUGCUACAUUUUUCAUGAACGGUAAUAAUUACGGUUGCAUUUACGAUCAGGCUAAUGUAGAUAUCGUGAACGCUGUAAAAGCAGCAGGUCACCAAAUCGGAAGCCACACAUGGUCCCAUCCAGACUUGGCUAAAAUUCCAACUGCUCAAGUUACCAAGGAAAUGACACGACUUGACGAUGCGUUCAAAAAAAUAGUUGGCUUACAACCAAAAUAUAUGAGACCACCAUUUGGUUCAGGUGCUGAUAAUGCCGACGUCAAGAAAGCCAUUGCCGACGCUGGUUACACCAAAAAUGACGCCGUUGUUGGUACCAAAUAUGAUGACCAAGUCAAACAAUACACUAAUGCCGCACCACCACCUGCAAGCCACAUUUCAUUGAAUCAUGAUAUUAUUGAAUCAACAGUUAAAAAACUUGUUACUCAAUCAAUCAAAAUCUUGAAAGACAAAGGUUUCACUUCUUUUGUCACAGUUGGUCAAUGUUUGGGUGAAACUGAGGAUCUUUGGUAUAAAUAUGUUGGCGCUCCAUCUGUACGUGAUGCUACUUGGACUU